CCAAGAUACUGAUCGUGACGAUUAUGUUAUUGUAGGUCAAGGGGAAAGGGUUGUGGUUUCCCUUUAUCGGGGUGCUGGUUGCUGGACACUGAUGGAGUAUAAAUGAUAUCAUUUAGCAAGUGCAUUCCACAAUGUUUUGGGUCAAGACUAAUUUCUGACUAAGAUUUUGACCUGAAAUGUUAAAGUUGUUUCUCUAUACACAUAUGCCACCUGAACGUUUCCAGCAUGUUCUGUUUUUGGAAUGCACGUCUGUCCGCAGUUACCUUUAUAGCGGUGUGUGAUCAGGCCCGUUGAGCAUUUCCCGCAUUUUUCAUUGAAGAUGUUUUCCAUUGUUCCACAAGGGACUUCUUAACAUCUUGUCCCGUGUACUUGAUUCUGGCUGGCUCCCAAUUGAAUGAUGAAGAAGUGUUGAGAUUUUCGAGUUCCUUCAUUUCAACCCUCAUGCAGGCAGGUUGGCGAGGAACGACGGAACACUUCGGUGUCAGCAUUUGCCACAAGGCGAGCGAGGCGCUACGAAUUGACACCCACCUUCCAGCUGUGUUGUCCUUUAACUUUGCUACGAAGAACAAACCGCAAAAGGUUAUGUAUGCGAAGCCUCUUGUCUGCAGCUCUGCUGUUUGCAACACAGGAUGUGCUGCCGAGCUAGAGUGGAGGAGUCUUGCAGAAGUGAGUCUCUGUCUUGGUUCCUACCCCGUGACCCAGCCCUGACUGACUCCAGUUGCCCCUCGGACGCCGCAGACGUGUUGGCUGCUGAGAUGCGAGGCGGCCUGUGAGAGCGAGCACUCGGACUAUUGUAGAUGUUGUCCAGCGUGAAGGGUGGACCAACUUCCUAUCUGAGCGAGAAGUUGCAAACUGAGGGUAGUUUCGCCGGCUGGAGAGGAUUCAGGUGCCUUGAUUUGUCGGAUGCGAGUGAGAGGGGGCUGUUCGGAGCCUUGGAGGAGAGCGGAGGCCGGGGUGAAGGAAAGUUUGAUCAUUCCAUUUGAAUACCAUCAUUAGCUGCGGAUUUGGAGAUAUUUGAAGAGUCGAUACUAAUUUUGCUGUGAAAGAUUGUGAAGACUUGUGCAACUUUGCACAUGACUUGUUGUGCAUUGAAGACACAAUGACCUCCAUAAAAUGCGUUCUUGUUGGCGAUGUAAAGGUGGGAAAAACAGCAUUGCUGGUGAGGUUUACCUCAGAGACUUAUCCAGACAUGUACAAGCCCACGGUUUAUGAUAACACUGGAGUAGAUGUGUUUAUGGAUGGUACUCAGAUCAGCCUGGGACUCUGGGACACCUCAGGAAAUGAUUCGUUUCAAGGAAUUCGCCCUCUUUCUUACCAGCAGGCUGACGUGGUGUUAAUUUGCUAUUCUGUGGCAAACCCUAUGUCAUACUUGAACGUUCGGACUAAAUGGUUGCCGGAAGUCAGAAAAUUUUUGCCCAAGAUUCCGAUUUUGGUGGUUGCCACGCAAAUAGAUCAACGAGACAUGGGUAAUUUUCGCACCAUCCCAGCUGUUGAUGGGAAGAGACUGGCAAAAGAGAUUAGAGCACAACAUUACCUGGAGUGUUCUGCAAUUACGAAUCGAGGGGUGCAAGAAGUGUUUGAAUGCGGAGUGAGGACUGCUGUUAGAUACCUAAAAAAACAAAGCAGGAAGAAGUUCAUCGACCUCAAUAACUGUGUGAUAGCUUGAUGUCUACUGUUUGACUGGUUCAAUAAUUUAAAUCAUUUCACUGUUCAAUCUUCCAACAAUUGCUAAAGAAGGUAUCAUCUAAAUACAUUUAAGAUGACUACGUUGGUCAUGGCAUCUGGACUUGUAUACCUCGUGCUGUUGGAUCCUUAUCAGUGUGCCUCUGGUUCAUUUCUAUUGGAGUAACGGAGUCCACUAGCAACGCUAACAAAAACAUAUCUGAGAGGAACUAAAUUCAGGUUUGACUGACAAUUUUGUGUUUAACCACUAUGGAAAGACGGCUGCCAAUCUUGUUUUGUGCUAUAAACUGCACUGAGAUGUAAAUGCACACCGCAUCAUCCAUUAAGGUUGAAAGGAAGCACUGAUAAGUUGCAUGCCAGCAGUCAAAUUUCUGGACCAUUGAUCCAAGGGUUUGAUCUCAAAUUUCACCACGCCACGUGGGGAAUUUAAAGUCAAGUUACAAAGUAAAACUCUGGAAAUAGUGAAUGAUGGUGACAGUAAAACUACUGUAUUGUCAUUAAAAACUCAUCUGGUUCACUAAUGCCUAUCAGGGAUGGGAAUCUGCCAUCCAGAUCCAUCAACGUGGUGGCUUUGGUUCAAGGACGAUAAGGGAUGGACAAUACAUGUCAGAACUGUCAGUAAUAUUCGCAACAUGUGAAGUUACCUACAAAAAUAAUUUACAUAAAACUAUACUCUGUAUUAACUAUACUUGUUAACAGCUCAUUUUUAUUGACUGUAAUAUUUAAUAUGUAAGUUUAUAAUUAUUUUCAUCUAAUGUCGCUGAUCUUUAAAAAAAACAUACACUUACUGGUUUAACAUACAUUUCUGUAAUAUUCUAUCAGUUUACAGAACAAGCAUGAAUAAACUAAUUGAUUUUAGCAAACGGAUUGUUCCACUGUUUUCAUAUUAGAAAGUUGGAUUUUGUGACAUGAUACUGAGCAAUGCAAACUAAGAAGGAUAAAAUUUGAAUUCCACAGUUGUAUUGAGUGAGUUGAUUUCCUUUAGGAGCUGUUCCAUUAGAUCUGGUAAAAUUAGACUGGUAUUGGCUCUGGAUCAGUUAAAUGUUUCAGAAAGAACUACAGAUGCUGGAAAAAUCGAAGGUAGACAAAAAUGCUGGAGAAACUCAGCGGGUGAGGCAGCAUCUAUGGAGCGAAGGAAUAGGUGACUUUUUGGGUCAAGACCCUAUUCAGUGAGAUAGAUGAGCCUGUACAUAAUUACUAACUUUUUGUAAUGCACUUUCCUUAUACAAAAGAAUCCAGAAAUAACAAAGCUGUUAAUCCACAAGGGCAGAAUAAAGAAAUUUAAGUUUCAUAGCUGGCACUACCAUUCUAAAGGACACAAAGUGCUGGAUAACUCAGCAGGUCAGGCAAUAUCCCUGAACAACAUGGAUACGUGACAUUUCAGGUCGAGACCUUUCUUCAAACUCUUAAGUUACUCCAGCUCUUUGUGUCCUUUUACGUAUUAACCAGCAUCUGCAGUUCUUUGCUUCUACAUUACCCCAUUCUAAAGUUAUAGUAUUGCAACAAAAUAUUUUUUGCCUUAAUGCAAUCCCAAAGUCAAAAUAGAAAUUUGGAAUUAAAUCCACAACUUCUGUCUAAUUGAAACCGUCAGUUGAAGUGCCUGACACUUCCCUCCAGAUAAACAGGUUGUGUUCCAUUCGCUUCCUCUAAUGCACACUGCUGUGUCAUCAUGCUGUGGUUAUUUCCCAAUUUCCUUUACUUACACCAUCACGGCCUUGUAUCAUUUGACAGCUUGAACUUUGAAAAUGAAAUUAGAAGUGUCGGGUUGAAGGGGAGAGUUAGAUCAGCCAUGAAUGAAUGGCGGAGUAGACUUGAUGUAUCCUCCUCAGACUUUAUCUUCCCAACUACAAUUGUAUCAGCUACAAAUUUAGCUAGAAUGCCAUGGCUUUGUUCUGUCCUUCGGGGUUUCAAGCCAAAAAUGCCCCCCUGGUCAUUGUUUCCUGCUAGUUAGCCAAUCCUAUUUCCAUGCUUAUACACACACACACUCAUUCACGCCCACAAACACCUCCAACAACAUGAGUUCUUGUCUUUAAAGGUGACCUUUUCUGUGGCAAUUUAUGGAAUUCCCUCAGAAGAAAUAGGAGUUAUUGGUUCCUGUUUCUCCACUCUGGCAAAGAACUCUAAUGCAUUUCUCAGCAAGUCAUAGUCAUAGAGCUAUGCUGCAUGCUGAAUUAUUACCAUUUGCUGCAUUUGCCCCUCUAAGCCCUUCCUAUCCACAUGCCUACUUAAAUGCCAAUUAAACGAUGUGAUUGUAUUUAGAAACAUAGAAAAUAGGUGCAGGAGGAGGCCAUUCGGCCCGUCGAGCCAGCACCGCCAUUCAUUGUGAUCAUGGCCCAGUCAAUAACCCGUGCCUGCCUUCUCCCCAUAUCUCUUGAUUCCACUAGCCCCUAGAGCUCUAUCUAACUCUCUUUGUGUUGAGGGCUCUCGAUUUGUCUUUGCAGCAGAUUACCCUCCAAGCAGCAAAGUUGCCUCUGAAAUCUCUGUUUCUCUCCCCUUUCACUGUAACAUGAUUUCUCUUUCAUGAUACCAUCUGCUUGAUUAGGUUUUACUUUACAAAUUAGGUUGACUUUACAAAUGUCCCGCUAUUAUCUCCUUAAUAAUUGAUUCAAUUGGAUUUUUGUCCCCCCCAGUAACAAUGUUAGGCUAAGUGGCCUAUAGUUAACUUUUUUUUGUUUACUCCCUUUUUGAAAAAGGGUAUUUACAGUUUUUCAAUCUUGAUAUGGUUUUCAGAAUGCAAAGAUUUUUGGAAGAUCACAGCAUUGCUAUCACAAGUCUCUUUGUUGAAUAUCAUCAUACUUGGUCUGAUACUAAUCCACUCAGAAGGUCAUAAGGAAUAGGAGAAUUAGGCCAUUCGGCUCAUCAAGUCUACUCCGCCAUUUAUUCAUGGCUGAUCUAUCUCUCCCUCCAAACCCCAUUCUCCUGCCUUCUCCCCAUAACCUCUGACACCUGUACUAAUCACUCAUGAUGGUGAUAGCAUUGAAAUUCCUCUUUCAUAUUUAUUAGUAUUGGUGGGAUGUUCACAGUAUCUUCUAUCAUAAAGACUGAUGCACAUUUCAGUUUAAUUCCUAUAGUAUCUUCAUGUCCCCCAUGGUUAUUUCCCCAGGCU